GCGCCGCAGCCAAUGGGCGGGGGCGGCCGCCAUGGGCCGCGGCAGGGCUGUCCCGCCGCCGCGCCGGGGCCGGGGCCGGUAACGGCAGCGCUGCCGCCCUCUCUCCCUCCCUCUUUCUCUUCCUCGUCCCCUUCCUCCUUCUCCUCUUCCUCGGCGCUGCCCGGAGCCGGGGCCGUCCCGGCGCCGUUCCGCAAGGCGCGGCCACCGCUUCCCCGCCCGGCGCGGGGCCGUCCCUCGUGCCCUCCCUCCCUCCGCCCCGUCCCCGCCCGCCGCGGCAGCCCCGAGCGGGAGGCGGCGGAGGGAGGCGGGAGCCAUGCGGGAGUACAAGGUGGUGGUGCUGGGCUCGGGCGGCGUGGGCAAGUCCGCCCUUACCGUGCAGUUCGUGACCGGCUCGUUCAUCGAGAAGUAUGACCCCACCAUCGAGGACUUCUACCGCAAGGAGAUCGAGGUGGACUCGUCCCCCUCCGUGCUGGAGAUCCUGGACACGGCGGGCACCGAGCAGUUCGCGUCCAUGCGGGACCUCUACAUCAAGAACGGGCAGGGCUUCAUCCUGGUGUACAGCCUGGUGAACCAGCAGAGCUUCCAGGACAUCAAGCCCAUGCGGGACCAGAUCAUCCGCGUCAAGAGGUACGAGCGGGUGCCCAUGAUCCUGGUGGGCAACAAGGUGGACCUGGAAGGCGAGCGCGAGGUCUCCUUCGGGGAGGGCAAAGCGCUGGCCGAGGAGUGGAGCUGCCCCUUCAUGGAGACCUCGGCCAAAAACAAAGCCUCGGUGGACGAGCUGUUCGCCGAGAUCGUCAGGCAGAUGAACUACGCGGCGCAGCCCAACGGGGACGAGCCGUGCUGCGCCUCCUGCGCCAUCCUCUGAGGGCGGCGGCGGCCCCGCGCCCCGGCGGACACGCUCGGGGAGAAAACAUCGGGAAAAAAUUCAUCGUGUUGGAAAUGUGGCUUUUCUCGGCAUGUACGUUUCGUCCAGUCUUGGUCAUGGCAUAUUUCCUGUCAGUGUCGGCGGCGGGCGCGGGAGCAGCCGGUCCCGCCGCCCGGGGAGCGGAGCCACGCGGGGAACCCGCCCCGGGGAGCCCGGAGAGCCCCGGGGCAGCGGUGCCCGCCGCCCGGAGAGCCCCGGGGCAGCGGUGCCCGCCGCCCGGAGAGCCCCGGGACAGCGGUGCCCGCCGCCCGGAGAGCCCCGGGGCAGCGGUGCCCGCCGCCCGGAGAGCCCCGGGGCAGCGGUGUCCGCCGCCCGGAGAGCCCCGGGACAGCGGUGCCCGCCGGCCGGAGAGCCCCGGGACAGCGAUGCCGUCCCGGACAGCCCCGGGGUGCGGGUCCCGUCCCGGGCGCCGCUCCCCGCGGUCUCUAUGCAAGCGGCGGCGGUGCGGGGCCGUCCCGCCCGGAGAGUUGCACAUGGAACUGGGACUGUGACCCGAUCGGUGCUGCCAGGCACGGGGCGCCGGCAGCGCCGCCGAUAUCCCUGGAAUAAUGCUCUAUUUUGUUUACCUGCUGUAUCGGAUGGGAGUUUGCAGGAGAGUGGUAGCGUGGUGGUUUUUCUCCUGGUUUUAGGUUUUUUUUUAAUCAGCUGUGAAAAUGUUACAAAUCUGCACAA